CGCCGGUCCGCCCUCGCCGUCUCCUCCAGAUUCAGCAGUCGGAGAAGCCGCCGCCGCCGCCGCCUGCUCCUCCAUCCCGUGCGCAAAGAUGUGGCUGACCCAGGUGCUCGGGUUGGCCGCGGCCGGCUUGCUGGGGCUGGCGCUGGUGUUGCUGGGGCCCCACGCGUGGGCCGACGUGGCCUUCCUGGCGCGCGCCUGGCGCUGCCGCCGCCGGCUCCUGCAGGGCAAGGCGGGAGGCAGCCUCAGCUUGGCGCAGCGCUUCGAGCGCCUCUGCCGAGCCCGGCCGGGGAAAGUCUUCGUGCGCUACGAGGCGCGCGGCUUCACCUACGGCCAGGCGGAGGGCGAGAGCAACCGCGUGGCCCGGGCGCUGCGCGGCCCCUUGCCCGGCGGGCAGCCGCCUCUCCUGCCCGGCCAGACGGUGGCGCUCUUGGUGGGCAACGAGCCCGCCUUCAUCUGGGCCUGGAUCGGCCUGAGCAAGCUGGGCGCCGUGCCGGCUUUCCUGGGCACCGCGCUCCGUCGAGGGGCGCUGCUUCACUGUCUGCACGCUUGCGGGGCCAGGGCGAUCCUGGUGGCGCACGACCUUUUUGAAGCCGUGGAACCCAUCCUGACCAGUUUGGAGGAAACGGGCGUUGCGGUGUGGGUGUUGGGGAAAGGGCCCUACCCUCCCAGCGUGACCGCCCUCCAGGACCUGUUGGAGGGCGCUUCGGAUGAGCCAGUCCCCUCGCAUCUCUCCACUCCUGGUAGCUUGUCGGACACUUGCCUCUACAUUUUCACCUCCGGGACCACAGGGCUCCCGAAGGCUGCUCGCAUCAGCCACCUCAAAUCCAUCCUGUGCUUAGGAUUUUACAACCUGGUGGGGGCUUCCAGCUCGGACGUGAUCUACGUCGCAUUGCCCCUCUAUCACAUGUCGGGCAGCCUUCUCGGGGUCAUCGGCACUCUUGGCAUUGGUGCCACUUGUGUGCUGAAGAAGAAAUUCUCCGCCAGCCAAUUUUGGCCUGACUGCCGGCGCCACAGAGUGACCAUCUUUCAGUACAUAGGGGAACUCUGCCGCUACCUUGUCAAUCAGCCCCAGAGCCCCAGAGACCGGGAGCACAGCCUGCGCAUGGCUGUGGGUAGCGGGCUGCGCCCGGACGUCUGGUGCGAAUUCCUGCGCCGCUUCGGGGCCCUGAAGAUUGUGGAGACCUACGGCAUGACAGAAGGGAACAUCAGCCUCUUCAACUACACCGGUGCUGUGGGGGCUGUGGGGCGUUCCUCUUGGCUGUAUAAGAUCUUUGCUCCCUUCGAACUGAUUCGUUUCAAUGUGCUUCAAGGCGCCCCACUCAGGGACACGGUGGGCCGAUGCCAGCGUGUGAAGACAGGGGAGCCGGGGCUUCUGAUCGCCCCCGUGACGGCACGGACGCCAUUCCUGGGAUACGCCGGAGGGCGCGAGCUGUCGGAAUCCAAGCUCCUCCAUGGAGUCUUUGCUGACGGAGACACCUAUUUCAACACUGGUGAUUUGAUGGUGCAGGACGCUUGCGGCUUUGUCAGUUUCUGGGACCGCACGGGAGACACAUUCCGGUGGAAGGGAGAGAACGUGGCAACCACGGAAGUGGGCGAGAUCCUGGGGAGCCUGGAGAUCCUGCAGGAGGUGACCGUCUACGGCGUUGUGGUUCCAGGACACGAAGGCCGGGCAGGGAUGGCCACUGUGGUGCUGCAGCCAGGGCGGGAAUUUGAUGGCGCCCAAGUCUAUGCGCAUGUGGUGGAGCUCCUGCCACCGUAUGCCCGGCCUCGCUUUUUGCGCAUUCAGGACCACCUGGAGAUGACGGAGACCUUUAAACAGAAGAAGGUCCGUCUGGCGACCGAAGGAUUUGACCCGGCCCUGAUCCCGGAUCCUCUCUUCUUCCUGGAUGAUGCCUCAAGGGCGUAUGUGCCUCUGACCCGCAGCACCUGGGAGGGGAUCGUUGCUUGCAACGUCCGGUUGUAACCGGCACCCCCCCUCGCCCUAGAUGUACCCGCAUCCCAAUAGGCUGUGCUCUGGGCUGGAGGGUGCAGUGUGAGCUUGAAGAUGCUGGUCUUCUCCACUUACGUGUCAGCCUUAUAAGCUCGUUGUGCCUUUCUUUCUCUGGCCCUCUCACACGCCCCUCUCUCAGGUGCCUGGCUCCUGCCCAUUCUGCCCCAGCUGUGCCGGGGGAGUGAGGGGCGACCCCACGCCUUUGCUAGCGAUGUGCCCCCUUUGCAGGGAUUUAAGAAGAAAACUAAUCCUCGACUUCUUUUCGGAACUCAACAGACAUGGUGCCCUUCAAAUGUUGCUGGACUCCCAACUCCCAUCCUCCUCCCUGGCCCUUGGCAAUGCCAGCUGCUGGGAGCUGGUCUCCGGCGACAUCUGGAGCGCCAGAGGUGAUCUCACCCCGAUAUAUAAAGUCUACGUUCCAUUCCUCAAUUAAAUCAGAGAAGGGGAUCAUAGAAUAGUAGAGUUGGAAGGGGCCUAUAAGGCCAUCAAGUCCAACCCCCUGCUCAAUGCAGGAAUCCAAAUCAAAACAUUCCCGACAGAUGGCUCUCCAGCUGCCUCUUGAAUGCCUCCAGUGUCAGAGAGCCCACUACCUCUCUAGGUAAUUGGUUCUGUUGUCGUAUGGCUCUAACAGUUAUGAAGUUUAUCCUGGUGUCCAGUCGAAAUCUGGCUUCCUGCAACUUGAGCCCAUUAUUCUGUGUCCUGCACUCUAGGACGAUCGAGAAGAGAUCCCGGCCCUCCUCUAUGUGACAACCUUUCAUGGACUUGAAGAGUGCUAUGAUAUCUCCCCUCAGUCUUCUCUUCCCCAGGCUGCUAAACAUGCCCAGUUCUUUCAGUCUGUCCUCAUAGGGCUUGGUUUCCAGUCCCCUGAUCAUCCUUGUUGCCCUCCUCUGAACCCGUUCCAGUUUGUCUGCAUCCUUCUUGAAGUGUGGAGACCAGAACUGGACGCAGUAUUCAAGAUGAGGCAUAACCACUGCUGAAUAGGAUCCUGUGGACCCUCCAGAUGUUGUUGGACCACCACUCCCAUCAUCCCUCCUCAUUUGCUAUCCUAGCAAGAGAUGAUGGGAGUUUGAGUCUAAGAGCAUCUGGGGAGCCACAGGUUCCCCUACCCCAGAUGUAAAGCAAACAGUCUUGCUGGGUUAAUUGUGAGCUCCCAGUUUGCUCCUGGGUCACCAAUCUUUUUAGGCCCGUGAGCGCAUUUGGAUUUUGGGGCAAGAGCUGUGGGUGCCAUCCCCUCUGGUCACUUCUCAACCCCCUCCACAGAAAGAGAGAGAGAGAGAGGGAGCAAGCAUUCAUGCACUUCUGAGGGGAUCUGGGUAAAGCUAAUUGGAGUAGAAUUAAUUGGAGAUUUCAGAAGCGCCGUAGAGCUGAAAGAGGAAGUGGGAAAGAGUGUCGCUCUUCCAACUUCCUCCUUCGGCUCGAUGGACUUUUCAAGGGAGUAAACGGUAACAAGAGAGCCAGUGUGGUGUUGUGGUUAAGGUGUUGGACUACGACGUGGGAGACCAGGGUUCGAAUCCCCGCACAGCCAUGAAGCUCCCUGGGUGACCUUGGGCCAGUCACUGCCUCUCAGCCUCGGAGGAAAGCAAUGGUAAAACUCCUCUGAAUACCGCUUACCAUGAAAACCCUAUUCAUAGGGUUGCCAUGAGUCAGAAUUGACUUGAAGGCCGUCCAUUUCCAUUUUCAAAAGGUAACCACCCUUACCACCUCAUGAGCAAGGGAGUGGUGAGGUUUGGAGAGAGGGUGCUCAGAGGGUUUUGAGGGUGUUAGGGUAAGACCUUGAGGACAUCACUGCACGCAUGGGUGCCACAUUGGUGGCCCCUGCCCUAAAUCCUGUAACUGGAUUCUCCCCACCCCCUGGCUUGCUGCAGUGAUAUAUUAAAAGCAAAUUCACAGAGCUGUCUUCCUGUCCCCUACUGCCUGAGUCUGUAUAGGAGGGGCAUGUUCUCUUUAUCUGGGGACUGGAAGAUUCAGGUAGGGUAGAUCGCAGCGAGUCAUCUCUGGGUCAAUGGGAGGGGGUCCUUUUUGAUCUACGUUAGUUUUUGACUGGAACCCUGGGGUUCAGUAGCCGGAGCCGGUGUAAAAUGGUGGCUUGGGUAGGUGGAGCUAAAUGCAGAGUGGAGGUUUCAGUGGGUGGGGCCAGUUAGUGGCUCCACCCCACGAGCCAGGCACUGGGAUUAUUUGAAUGCACAAGUACCAAGGUUACCUCCGAGUCGCUACAGGGAUCCUAACACAAAACUCUAAAACUGGUUAGCUUAACUGCACAGAGUCCUGGUCAGAGGCAGCCAGCGAAUACUCCCAUUUCAUCAGCAAGGAACACUGAGGCCGAGAGAGAAGUGAUUCGCACAUGGCCAGCCGUGGCAGAAUUGUAUGUUCUGAUCUUAUUUUUGCUUGGGAGUCAGCCACCCUUGCUGAUCUGCUGCAGAUCACUCAGAAAUCUGUAUGCCCCUGUGCUUAUAUAACAAAGGUUGACUUGCUGGGGUUGUGUUCAGGGAUGGGGAACCGGUUGCCCUCCAGAUGUUGUUGGAGUCCAACUCCCAUCAGCCCUGAUCGUUGGACGUGUGAGCUGCUGGGCAUUGGAGUCCAGCAACAUCUGAAGGGGUACUCCUAUGGUCUAGUGCAGCCUUUCCCAACCGGUGUGCCUCCAGAUGU